AUGUCGUUGAGGGCUGUUAGAAGACCUGUAAGGGCAAUAUUUAACCCUAGCAUAAAUGUAUUGAAGACGCCUUCAAUAAGAGGCUUACAUAUAACGAAGCGUUUACUUCAAGAUCAAAAGACCGAAAAAGAUGGAAAGGACGAGAAAAUAAAUACUGAAAUAAGAAAAUUAAAAGAGCUUAAGGAAACAUACCGUAAUGCAGGUUUUUUCGAAAAGUUGAAAUUACAUAGUCAGUUGUUGAAGCAAGAAGCCAAGGUUACUGAAGCUCAAGAAUCGAAGUUGAAUGCGAACAUUCCGGCCCCAGUGAUGAAGUUUGAUGAAGAUCCUAUGUCAGUGGAGAAUUUGACUCGGUACCAAGUCAUUUAUUCUUUCAUGUUAACGACAUUUGUACGUGAAUGUGAGGCUUAUACCAGACCACAAUCUGUAAAUUUUAAUCCAGAUGCAUUAAUUGACGAUAUAAUUGAUAGCUUCAAAGAAUUCCAUCCAGAGUAUGCACCAGUUACAAAGAAUGAUGUGUUGUUUUACUUCCAUGUGUAUCACUUUUUACUGAACAAUAUCAUCUUCAUGGAUGAGUUAAAAUUCGAGCAUCCUAUCGUUGAAAAAUUAUUGAAUUCUUAUGUUAACAUGAAUCCAGAGGACAAUGCAACCGAAAAGGCGAAAAAGUUAGCCGAUGAAAUAGAUGUAAAUGAAGAUGUAGUUAUUGGCUGGUUUAAUAUAUUUUCAAUUUUAUCAUCAACACCAUUUGCGAAGCCAGGCCAGAAAUAUACUUGUUCAUUAUGUCCUACAGAGUAUGCUCGUUUUCAGGUGUUCAAUUCUCAAGUUGAUGCUAUUCAAGAUAAGUUUUCAAAGAUUUAUAAUGAUGCGUUUAAAAAAUCGAAUAGUGCCAAUACUAAACAAAAUUCCAAUGCGAAUCCAGGAUUGAACAACUUUAUAUUUCAGAAUAAUGAUUCCAAAAAGAAGUCUCAGGAUAAUAAAAAGAAUGAUAAAAAUAAAAAUAAUAAAGCCCCACGCGUUGCGUGGGGCUUUAUUAUAAAUACUUUUAAAAAUAAAAAUAAUAAAGACAAAAAACCCAUGGAGUUUGAAAUCAAUCUCAAUGGAUCUCCAAUGAAGUAUUUUCAGCUUGGACUUUUGGGUGGUCUUUUAAUGUACGUUUUGUAUAAUUUGUCCCAAGACAGUGAUAAUGAAAUCUCAUUCCAAAAGUUUGCAGCUGACUUUUUGAGUAAGAAUCUUGUUUCGAGAUUAGUCGUUGUCAAUAAUAAAACUGUUAUUGUGGAAUUGAAUGAUAACGGUAAAGCACAAUAUGGAAACCAUCAAGGUCGCUUAUAUUUCAAUGUUGGAUCUAUCGAAUCAUUCGAACGUAGUUUACGUCAUGUUCAAGAGGAGUAUAAAAUUGCCGAACAGGUUAGAGUUCCAGUAGUAUAUGUAAAUGAAGGUAACACCACAAAGAUGUUGAUUAACUUUUUACCAACAAUAUUAUUCUUGGGUGCUAUUUACUAUAUGACUAAAAAGGCUAGUAUGGGUGGAAUGGGUGGUCCAUUGGGAUUUGGUAAAUCUACUGCAAAGAAAUUCAAUCAGGAAACAGACAUAAAAAUUAGAUUUAAGGAUGUUGCAGGAAUGUCUGAAGCGAAAGAAGAAGUCAUGGAAUUUGUUAAGUUCUUGCAAAAUCCUGAGAAAUAUGAAAAGUUAGGAGCUAAAAUUCCAAGAGGUGCCAUUUUAUCGGGUCCACCUGGUACUGGUAAGACGCUUAUCGCUAAAGCCACUGCAGGUGAAGCCGAUGUUCCAUUUUACUCUGUUUCAGGAUCUGAGUUCGUAGAAAUGUUUGUUGGUGUUGGUGCAUCUCGUGUUCGUGACUUGUUUAAGACUGCGCGUGAAAAUGCACCAUCAAUAGUAUUCGUUGAUGAAAUUGAUGCUAUUGGUAAACAACGUUCAAAGGGAAAUGCUAGUGGUGCCAACGAUGAACGUGAAACUACUUUAAACCAAUUAUUGGUUGAAAUGGAUGGGUUUGAAAGCUCAGAUCAUGUUGUUGUUUUGGCAGGUACGAACAGAGCAGAUAUUUUAGAUAAAGCUUUGAUGAGACCAGGUAGAUUCGACAGACACAUUGCUAUUGAUAAUCCUGAAUUGUUAGGACGUAAAGAAAUCUUCCAAGUUCAUUUGAAGAAAAUUACGUUAGCUAAGAAUAUCGAUCAUGAUUUACCGGGUCGUUUGGCUGCAUUAACGCCAGGGUUUUCUGGUGCAGAUAUUGCCAACGUUUGUAAUGAAGCCGCUUUAAUUGGUGCCAGAUUUAAUGCUGAAGCCGUUACCUCAAGACAUUUCGAAUUGGCAAUUGAAAGGGUUAUAGGUGGAAUUGAGAAGAAAUCCAAAAUUUUGAACGCUGAAGAGCAAAAGGUUGUUGCCUACCAUGAAGCAGGACAUGCUGUAUGUGGUUGGUUUUUGAGACAUGCUCAUCCGUUAUUGAAAGUUUCUAUCAUUCCUAGGGGCCAAGGUGCUUUAGGUUACGCACAGUACUUACCACCAGAUCAAUAUUUGAUGUCUGCUUUACAAUUAGAGGAUAGAAUGAUUAUGACUUUAGGUGGUAGAGUUUCAGAAGAAUUACAUUUUGAUUCAGUAACAAGUGGUGCCCACGAUGACUUCAAAAAAGUCACCAACAUUGCCCAAUCCAUGGUUUUAAGAUUCGGUAUGUCUAAGAGAGUUGGUAUGGUCAACUACGCGGACACUCAAUCUCAAGAUAACUUAACCAAGCCAUUCAGCGACGAAACCAACUCCAUCAUAGAUGAAGAGAUUCAAAGAAUCGUUAGAGAAUGUUACCAAAAAUGUGCUGAUUUAUUGAAAGAGAAAUCUCAUGAAGUUGAACUAGUUGCUCAAGAGUUAUUGAGAAAGGAGUAUAUUACUAGAGAAGACAUGAUUAGAUUAUUAGGUAAGAGGCCUUUCCCAGAAACCAAUGAUGCCUUUGAUAAAUAUCUUGACGGUAAGGAUAUUUUCAAAGACGAGAAGCCUGCAGAUGAAAAAAAAGAUGAUGCUAAAUAA